AUGUCGAACCUAGCAAAACUUAAGAUUGUGGCCCUUGAUAUUACUGGGAAAAACUAUUUGUCAUGGGUGUUAGAUGCUGAAAUACACCUAGAUGCUAAAGGGUUUGGUGACACAAUAAAAGAAGGAAAUAAAGCAACAUGUCAAGAUAAAGCUAAGGCUAUGAUAUUUCUUCGCCAUCACCUCCACAAAGGGCUUCAAACUGGGUAUGUGACAGUUAAAGACCCACAAAUCCUUUGGAGUAAUCUAAAGGAAAUGUAUGACCACCAGAAAACUGUAAUAUUGCCAAAGGCUCGUUAUAAUUGGUUGCAUUUAAUAUUACAGGAUUUUAAAUCCGUGAGUGAAUAUAAUUCAACCAUGUUUCAAAUUACUUCUCAACUGAAAUUAUGUGGAGAGAAAAUUACUGAUGCAGAUAUGUUAGAAAAAACAUACUCCACUUUUCAUGCAAACAAUGUUGUCCUGCAGACACAGUAUCGAGAAAAAGUACGCCCUACUGGCUCAACUCCAUUCCCUGAAUCGAAUGUGACAACCCAUAAUGGGAAGAAAUCAAAGAAUAAAGAUCAUGCCACCAGCAGUGGUCGUGGCCAAUGGUGUGGCCAUCGGCGUGGACGUCGUUUUGAUGGAUAUGGUAGAGGCCAUGGACGUUAUUACAAUAGCUCACAUUCCCAACAGAAGUGGGACCGUAAAGAUGGUAAAUGUGAGAAAGGGAAAAGUGACAAUGUGACCAAAGAAAGGAAGAAUGUUGAGACCAAUCUUGUAUUUGAAGAUGGCGAAAGUGAUUUUGAUUCUGGUUAUACAACUCACCUAGAAGUUGCAGAUUUCUUUACUUACCCUAAAGGGAAUAAUUAA